AUUGCAUCUCGCCGGAGACGGUUGCUUUCAAUCGCUUAUUCAAUUAUAUCCACUCUGCUGCCGCUCUUCAGGAACAGGUGAGUUUGUUGUAGGAGAAUUCUAGGGAUUUGUGAGACCGGAGAUGGUGCUACUUGUCAUUCUGCUGUUUACCGAAAGCCAGAUGCCAUGGGAAAACUCAGAGCCCAAGUAUAUUUAACUGAUCUAACCAUCAGAGAUCUUCAUAAAAAUUGAAGCUCGCAGAGCAACUCAGAACCUCUGUUGUAGAGUCAAACAGCAACUUCCAAACUUAGCAAGCAAUGAUGACCACCCUUGCUCUCUCUCUUCUUCUCUUGCUUCCGAUUCUACCCUCAGCAACACUUGAACAAGAAUUUCACGAGGAGUUGCUACUUAAACCCUUACCCGAUCGCAAAGUGCUAGCGCAUUUUCACUUCCAAACCCUAUAAUUCUGUAUGCUGAUAAUGACACAGGUAUAGAUGUUUUGGGAGAGAAUCUUGGCUUUGAAAUAUCUAUUACACCUGAUAGGGUUCAUAGAGAACUGGAAAAGAGCUCCUCAAUUCUGUAUGAAUAUUCAAUCAAAGAGUACAACGACACCGAACAAUUUGAUUUAGGCCUAACAUGGAAAUAUCCAGUUGUUUGGUCCUGCCCUCUUGCACCUUUAUAUGCCAGUAGAUUUUUAAUUGGAAGUGGAAAUGAAAGGGGCUCGAUUGCAAUAUCCUUGAAGUCUACAGAACUGACUAAGGGUUUCAUUGUAGCCGAUAAUGUUGAAGACAAGUGUAAGUUACAAGUUAAUGUUCUCCAAAUUGUGCCUUGGUAUAUUAAGGUAUUUUAUCACACCUUACAAUUAUUAGUAGAUGGAAAGCCUCAAGCAGUUACAGAUUUUGUUGAGAGAAUGAGUGUUUCACCUUCUGAAGACAAAGUAUCAACAGGGGUGAUGGAGUUGGUCCUCAGAUUUCCUUGUGAGGUUAAAUCUGCUAUAUUAAAUAUAGAGUUUGAUAAGGGCUUCUUGCAUAUUGAUGAAUACCCUCCUGAUGCCAAUCAGGGAUUUGAUAUUCCAUCAGCAAUAAUAAGCUUUCCGGACUUCCAUGCCAGUUUGCAAUUUUCUGAUGACUCUAUAAGCAAGUCGCCAUUGAUGUCUAAAUUACAGGAAAAAAGCCAUGUUCUCUCAUACACAGAAGUUUUACUUGUACCCUUGACAACUCCUGAUUUCAGUAUGCCUUACAACGUCAUUACAAUUACUUGCACGGUUUUUGCAUUAUAUUUUGGAUCCUUGCUAAAUGUACUCCGAAGACGAGUAGCAGAGGAGGAAAGACUUUUGAAAGCAAACAAAGCUCCGUUCCUUCGUCAAGUACUAAAUAUAUUGUCUUCAAGGUUUCGGGGAGGAUCAGCAGAAUCCACUCAACCAAAACAACCAUCAUCAUCUUUCAUUACUCCUAAAUUGAUUAUUAAGAUAAUAUUGGUUGCAGGAUUUGCUGUUGUAUGCCAAUUUUACUUGAAAUAAUACCAUCCAACUUUGUAGUGUUAGUUGUAUUAUAUUCAAUGAGUACUAUUUUUGUACAACAAUAUAGCUUUACUUCCACUGGCCAAUGUGUUCGCAUUCGCUUCUGUUUUUUAAUUGACCACACAUGAUUGCAUUUA